AUGACAACUCCGUCGAAAUCAAAUGGUACACCAUCGAAACAACGUCGAACACCGGCGAAACAAACACCGGGUUCGACACAACGAACGCCAGCAAAAAAGCGAAAUCCAUUAACGGCAUUGCAAGAAGAUGAACCUAUUGCAAGUCCAGCGUCAAGUUCUGUCCUUCAAAUGCCAUUUACGCCCGGUCGUACACCAAAUAAGAAUCGAGGAAUGGCUUUUUCACCAAUGACGUUCACAACAUCACCGGCGCAUAGCAAUAUGUGUCCUAGCGGCCGAACACCCUUGUCAACGCCAUCACGAGCACGAUCUGAUCUUGGUAGCGCGCGAAAAUUGCGUUUGGUCAACGAGCAGGAAGAAUUGGAAGGCGAUAUUGAUGUGAACACAGCUGACAAUCAAGUGGUUAUCUGGGGUACCGAUGUUCACGUCAACGAUUGCAAACGUCGGUUUAUUGCAUUUUUGAAAAAGUUUCAUUUGAAUGUUGAAGAAGCAAAUCUCGAAGGUGUCGAUCCAACAAAACCAUUCUAUAUGCAAAAGCUGGAAGAAAUUCAUUUACUCGAACGCCCUUUUCUCAAUGUUGAUUGUAUACAUAUGAAACAAAUUGAUAAAACUUUGUAUCAUCAAUUGCUUGCCUAUCCACAAGAAGUUAUUCCAAUAUUUGAUAUUGCUGUCAACGAACUAUUCUUCACUAUGUAUGAAGAUGACACCCUUCCACAUCAAAUCCAAGUCCGACCAUACAAUGUGGAUAUGUUUCGAAAUAUGCGGUGUUUGGAUCCGGAAGAUAUCGACAAACUGGUCAGUUUAACAGGCAUGGUCAUCCGUUCAUCACUGAUUAUGCCUGAGAUGCGUUCGGCGUACUUCAUUUGUAAUACAUGUAGCUUUCAUGUUCAAGUCGAAAUCGAUCGUGGAAGAAUUUCUGAGCCAACUGUGUGCACAUCGUGUAACACAGCACACUCAUUUGAAUUGAUUCAUAAUCGAUCGCUAUUUGCCGAUAAACAAUUUAUCAAAUUACAAGAAACACCAGAGGAGAUGCCAGCUGGGCAAACACCUGUUACGGUUACUGUGGUAGCUCACAAUGAUCUGGUCGAUGCUGUACAACCGGGUGACCGUGUACAAGUGACUGGUAUAUUUCGAGCGGUGCCAGUUCGUAUGAAUCCCAAAACACGAAAUGUUCGUUCUGUUUAUCGAACAUAUAUUGAUGUGAUUCAUUUCCGUCGUCAGAAAACGUUUACUGCUGAAGGCGGCGCCGAAGGGCAAGCUACAAAUGACGAUGAAGAAUCCAGUUCGUCGAAGUUUUCCAAAGAACGUCUAGCUCAAUUUCGUAACCUUUCGGAACGUCCCGAUAUAUAUGAAUUAUUAUCUAAUGCAAUCGCGCCAAGUAUUUUCGGACAUGAUGAUAUCAAAAAAGGCAUUCUUUUACAAUUAUUUGGCGGUACAAAGAAAACUUUUACCGAUGCCGGACGAAAAAGUUGUCGUUCACAAAUCAAUAUUUUACUUUGCGGUGAUCCUGGCACAGCCAAAUCGCAAUUACAGCAAUACAUCUAUCGCUUGGUUCCACGUGCUCAGUACACAAAUGGAAAAGGCACAAGUGCCGUCGGUCUAACAGCUUAUGUCACCAAAGAUCCUGAAACUGGCCAACUCGUACUUCAAACUGGUGCAUUAGUUCUUGCUGAUAAUGGUAUUUGUUGUAUUGAUGAAUUUGAUAAGAUGAGCGAAAGCGCUCGUUCUAUCCUUCACGAAGUGAUGGAGCAACAAACCUUAUCAAUUGCAAAAGCCGGCAUUAUUUGUACAUUAAAUGCUCGAACAUCCAUCUUAGCUGCAGCUAAUCCAAUUGAAUCUCAAUGGAACAAGUCGAAGACGAUCAUUGACAAUAUCCAAUUACCACCAACAUUACUUUCUCGCUUCGACUUAAUCUUUCUUUUACUCGAUCCACAAGAUGAAGCCUACGAUCGACGCUUAGCACAACAUCUUGCUUCGUGGUAUCAAUAUGGAAAAGAAGGUGAAGACGACCAUGAGGCAAUGGAUACGGAUUUACUUCGAGAUUACAUUUCAUAUGCACGUACUUUUGUUAGCCCAUUAUUAACUGAAGCUGCUGGCAAACUACUCGUUAGUUCAUAUGUGGAAAUGCGUAAAGUAGGAAGUGGAAAAGGACAAAUAUCGGCAUAUCCUCGACAGUUAGAGUCUCUAAUUCGUCUAGCUGAAGCACAUGCGAAAGUUCGACUUUCGGACAAAGUUGAAGAACUUGACGUCGAAGAAGCAAAACGGCUCUAUCGUGAAGCAUUGAAACAGGCUGCAGUUGACCCGAAGACAGGUCGUGUGGAUGUGGCUAUAUUAACAACAGGUAUCAGCGCUGGUGAACGUCGUCUUCGUGCUGAUCUUGCUCAGACAUUGAAACGUUAUUUGAAAGAACGUAAAUCAACACUGAGUUCAGGCCCAAUAAAGAAAGAUACAUUAUUUAAUGAUAUCCGUGAACGAAGCGAUGAACGAAUUACACGUGACAUGUUCGAUGAUGCCAUUCGAGCAUUAGAAGAAGAAAACUUUCUCGUUGCAACAAAUCAAACUGUUCGUCUUAUUACUUUAGGGGAAUCGAAUUUCGACUAA